AUGGAUGUUCUUGACAAAUUGCAGUCUGGCCUAUUUUUCACUCCAUCCAUCGAGGCUGUUGCUCAUGCACAUUUAGGAUCAAUUGAAAAGGCAGAAGAGCAUGAAGACACUCCACUCCCUCUGCUGAGUCUGUCAGUUGAUGUCGACAUUCAAAGCAGAGUCUCAACGACCAAAGUCACCCAGCAGUUCACUAAUCCCUCAGAGUCAGCCGCCCAGAAUGCCCGCUAUAUUUUUCCAGUAUACGAUGAAUCCGUCAUCACGUCCUUUCGCUGCUGGGUUGGUCCCUCGAAGAUGCUGGAAGGCAUAGUCAAGCCUAAAGAAGUGGCCAGAGCAGAGUUCCAGCAUGCAGUGUCUCAGAAAAAAGCAGCUGUUCUGGUCGAGGAAAUGACGCCGGAGAUAUUCGAGACCAACGUGGGAAAUAUCCCCCCUCAUUCCUUUGUGAGGGUGGAAAUUGCCUAUACCAAUCUUCUCAAGAUCGACAACUGCACAGGCGGACUCGUCUUGACCAUCCCAACAUCCAUUGCUCCACGGUAUGGAGCAGCUCCAGAGCAAUAUACUCAGUCAACACUCCCAGCCGAGGGACUGCGGAUCAAUAUCCAAGCUUCCAUGUCAGACGCCAUCUGUAAGAUGGAGUCUCGCUCGCAUCCCAUAUCAGUUGAAUUGGGAGCCGUUGCCCAUCAAAGCUUCCAACAGUUCACAGCAGGCGCUGCAUCGGGCGAGUUCGAUCCCAGCAAGGCUCGUGCCAGUCUAUCAAACAACUCCACCGUUCUGGAUAGAGAUUUUGUCCUCUUCAUUCUCUCUGCUGCUGGUCGAUCGAUAGAAUCCCAAGCGGUGGCUGAGUCUCAUUCUGAUGACUCCGGCUGUACAGUCGCAGUGACUAUCAACCCUGGCAGUCUCUUCUUAUCCAACAUCGACACAGAAGGCUUCAACGGCGAGAUUAUAUUUAUUGUAGAUCAAUCCGACUCUAUGAACAAUAAGAUCCGUGCUCUGCGCGAUGUCACGAAUGUCCUCCUGCGCAGUCUUCCAGAAGACUGUCACUUCAAUAUCUGCUCAUUCGGAUCAACGCAUUCAUGGCUGUGGCCAGCUUCUCAGUCAUACAACCAGGAUAGUCUCCAGAUCGCCACGCAGCAUGCUGCUUUGUUUAAUGCAUAUAUGGGCGGUACGGAGAUACUGGGCGCCCUCCAAAGUGUUGAAUCUCACUAUAACAGCAGCGAGAACGUCCCGACAAAUGUCAUUGUCCUGACUGAUGGGGAGGUAUGGGAUGUUGACAGUGUUACGGAAUAUGUUAGGUCGACUUCAUCGAAUAUUCGGUAUUUUGCCCUUGGGAUCGGUGAUCUUGUCUCUCAUCGGCUGGUCGAAGGUAUAGGGAAGCAGGGAGGGGGAUAUGCUGAAGUUGUCUCGGAGUCAGUCUCUGGGAGCUGGCAGGGACGGGUUAUUCAGAUGCUGAAGGCAGCCAUGACGCCUUCCAGACUGCGUUGUGAGGUCGAUCUCGGAUUACCCAUUCCUAUGGACAUCGCAGAAGGAGAAUUGCCCUUUUAUAUCCAAGCGCCAUAUCAUAUCCCGCCACUCGGCACCUUUUCUAAUCUGACUCUAUACUACAUGGUACAGAGCAACCUUGACACUCUGCCUGAAUCAAUUAUUGUAACUGCAACCACAGACUAUGAUGAGAUCCUUAUCGCUCAGAUGCCAUUACGGAAAUCGACCAACUCACCAGCUAUACACCAUCUAGCUGCAAAGGCCUUGAUGGCCGACUACGAAAGUGGCCAUAGCUGGAUACAUUCACACUACCACAACCACAAUCCCACCACAUUCCAACAGAUCCUACAACGUGAAGCAGAGCAACUCGGUCAGAAGUGGUCCAUCACUGGCAAAUGGACAAGCUAUGUGGCUGUUGAUCACGACAGCCAAGAGUCACAUGAAGCCUCACUAUAUCAAGCAGAUCGUGAAGAGAUCCGCAGCUCGUCGCACAACAGACAAUUGGGGUCGCCAGGGGGAUUUUGUGACUAUAAUCCAGAUGGUGGAUUCUCGCCUACUAGUCCUGGAUACUCGCCUAAUAGUCCUGUUUAUAUGCCUAAUAGUCCUGGAUUCUCGCCUAUGAGUCCUGAAUUCGCGCCUAAUAGCCCUGAAUACUCGCCUGCAGGGAUGGACUCGCCCAACUACAUGCCUACCACUCCGAUAAGGUCUCCCGGUGACACUCACAAUAUUUGCUCGCCAUCCUCGCCCAGUUUUAGUCCAGGUGUGGAACGAAAGCAUCUAGCAAAAGAACUGUCACUACUGGGUAUACUCCAGACGCAGUCCGCUGAAGGAGAGUUCCAGCUCUCCGAUACAGCAACGAGAUAUCUUCUCGAGUCUCAGUUCAUGUUGGGAGUGGAGGAACAGCUUAUCCACGGCCUGGUCUCUGAAGAUUUGCCAGAAGAGCAUCCUAUUCGAUUGCAGGCUUAUCCGGCCAUUCUCAAUAUUAUCGUCAUUGCCUAUGUGACGUAUAGACAUGCAGAGUCAAAAGACCUAUGGGAGCUGCAGAUUGCCAAGGCACGACGGUGGGCUAUCAAAACAUUGGCAGGGUUUGAGAGAUUCGCAAUUGGGGAAAAGGGCGGUUUGAAGGAAGUGCUGAGCAGUCUGGAAAAGAUUGCCAUUUCCCGUCUGCUUGACAAUAUGCAGACUGUCUGA